GCGCAUGAGCCGCGCGUCUCUUACCGCGCUUUUUUACGCGCCAAUUUUUACUGUCAAAAAAAUUAAUUACCUGUGAUAAAAAAAAUAAUUAAAUAUCUCUUUUAAAAUAAUGUAAUUGUUAUAAGUAAAUGUUAUAAAAAUAGUUGUGAUGGCGGCAAAUAAUAAAAAAAUGGGAACUAAGUGGUGUGCUGGACAAAAAACUUCAUCUGUGUAUGCGGGUUUGAUGCUAUGUAUUGGUGUGCCAUCAAUAUUAUGUAAUUUAGAUCUGCCGAAACCUCUGAGCUUCGACUCCAUAUACAAUAGUACCAGCUAUGCGCAAAUAAGCCAUAUUCUAAGUCCAUACAGCACUCCGUUUAAAUCUAGUUCUAACAAUAAUAGUCACAGAUAUGAAAACACCAAAGCGAUUAAUUUAGAAAACUUUAAUUUUAACGACAAACACGAUGGCAGAGAUGCUAAUAUGCUCGUUGGAUUUGCACACGAUCCAUUCAGAUAUUCUAUACCAGAAUCUGAUUAUCUUAAAGGUGUUAGAACAAUAGAUCCAAAACAGUAUUCAAAUAAAGGAGAUCGUGGGAAACGUGGAGUGUUCCAUCUCUACAACAUGUUGACCUGUGCCACUGGAUGUGAUCCCAUCUCGUACAAGGGCUAUGGUUGCUAUUGCGGUUUCCUUGGUUCCGGAAAACCUACAGAUGGGAUUGACAACUGCUGCAGACUACACGACGAGUGCUACGAGAACAUCUACUGUCCGGUCAACACGGUUUACUUUCAGCCUUACUACUGGAAGUGCUUCAACAGGCAGCCCCACUGCGCUCUAGAGAACUACCAGUCACGUCGCCAGGUCGGGAAUAGUUGCUCAGCCAGGUUAUGCGAAUGUGAUAGACGAUUCGCUAUGUGUGUCCGGAGGUAUUCAUGUCCCCGUGGUAGAGCGUUCUGUAGAUCUGAUCCGUUGAGGCUGCUUCAAAAUAUAUUGAUGUUCAGAUAGCCAUUUGGAAUUAGGUAUGUUCUUCGCCAAUUAAAACUAUUAUUUGCCGAUUUAUUCUAGGAUAAAAAUGGCUUAUGGAGCUUUAAAACCACUACUAGCAUAAGACAUUCUUAAUCCACAAUUAAGAGUAAGCAGUCAUAAAAAGAUUUAA